AUGGAUCUUAGGUUUCCAGUGAAACAGCAGGAUAAAUUGUGUCCCAAAGACGCAGGCAACCUUUGCGCUGACGUCAGGCACUCCAUGGCUCACAGGCCAGAUGACUGGAGGAGUUGUCUCAUUCUUGAAUUACAGACAGACGAUGUUGAAAGAAAAGGCUCUCAUAAGAGGUCAUCAUCAUGGGGAAGUGCAGACAACUUGAAAGAGAAAUACAAGCAGCAGCUAAGAAAACAAGGUAGUCGUCAGUCCUCUUCCAGUACGCAACGGGCCUCGCCGGUCCACGGCAACCACUCGACCGUCGCUAACCUUCCCUCGCCCGUCAGCACAACCAGCUCUUCGACGUCAUCUUCAACAAUCUCCAUCUCCAAUUCCUCAUCCACUGCCUCAUCACAGACUUCCAUCCCCACACCACCACCACCACCACCAUCAUCGUCAUCAUCCACCACGUCGGUUUCGUCAUCAUUAUCAACAUCUUUUCAGCAGGUCUCUGUAUCAACGAGUCUGAUUGGUCAAGCGCACACACUUCCUCGCUCCACAGCCAUUCCUGUCCCCAACCAUCUGAGGGCACCCCCAGUGCCUAGGAUAAGGGGUAGCGUCGAGGGUCUCAACCAGGAAGUCGAGAAGCUCGUACUCAUCGGCAAUGAAGAGGAGGAGAGGCCGACGGUCAAUCCGCUACGAGAGGGUCAUCGCGCUCCAAUCCCCGGGGUAGCGAACAUGCAGACCCAGACACCAGCCGAGAAUCAGGAGCUCUCGGAGGGCAGCGAUCAAGGCAGUCGCAAUCAUUCUGUCUCACCUACAUUUGUCAUGGACAACUCCCGCCCCUCCAGUCGCUCCUCCUCCACGGGUAACGGCGAAGUCAAAGUGGACAAAGGUGAAAGUUCUCCAGAGUACCACUUUGGAGCCACCAAGUUCUCCUCGUCACCCAGUCACAACAAGUCAUGGCAGCUGACCAGAGACCCUCCAGAUGGAUGUGAAAGACCUCAGAAGACGAGGGACGAAAUCAGCGGAAUCAAGGAUCUAGAUGAGUACAGCGCUCUACCUUACUGUCCAGACAGCAAGCUACCCUUCAAGCUAGAACAGAGCCAGAGCUCGGCCUUCUGUGCAUUUGCUUCCAACUUUCCUCAGGGUAAACUUACCAGGGUCCCCUCCAACAGCGCCCAGACCCAGACGACAGGUCCCCAGACCCAGGUACAACAGGCCCAGACCCAAACAGCAGAGAUUGGUGGACCCGAGACGAACGGGCAUGCAGAGUAACAUCUUUUGGUCCCAGGUGGCCUCUUUUAAGACCAGGCACAGAGAGCAUCAGUUCUAGACCCAGACAUGUAGAGUAACAUCUUUAAGUUCCAGAUGACCUUUUUAGAUCAGGUACAGCUGGCCGAGUUGCAGUCCUAGGCAUGCAGAGUUGCAUCUUUUAGUUACAGAUGACCCUUUUUAAGACCAGGCACAGCUGGCCGAGUUGCAGUCCUAGGCAUGUAGAGUUGCAUCUUUUAUUUACAGAUGACCUUUUUAAGACCAGGUACAGCUGGUCCAGCCCAAGUUCCAGACAUGCAGAGAAAAAUCUUUUCAGUCCCAGAUGGCCUCUUAAAGACCAGGUAUAGGUGGUCCAGUCCCAGACAGGGACCAGAAAGUAACAGGGUCCUGUAGAGCUGGAUAUAUCCUGAGACUCUCAUUUGAUCUCAAGGCUAAUCUUACUUCUUCAUGUAAUGUUUCAAUUGGAACACUAGCCCUAUAGCGUUGGCCCACAUUAAAAGUCAAAAGGUUGUUGAGGAAUAGUCUGCAUUUUUAAGACCAAGUGUGUUUUGAUUUCCUUGUAUAGGGAUGUAUACCUUUCCAUCAUUUCUUCUUCUUCAAUGUCUUCUCAUGUUUUCUAAGAGAUCAAUAUAGCAAAAACUCAACUAAAUGGGUGAGACUAAUCAAAAGUCAUCAAGAUAUUUCUUGGCAUGAGUCCCCAGUAAACAUGCUAUUAGCCAAGUCAUCACCUAUCUGUUGUUCAGCCUUUAAAAGACAGACAACAGCUUCAUACUGUUGGUUACUAACAAUUUUAGCAAAAGCCUCAAGCUCAACAAAUUAUCAUCAAAGGCCUAAGCUAUUUGAUAACCCCCCCCCCCCAAAAAAAAAAAAACACACUCUAAAUACAUUGUUACCCCAGUUAUCACAGACACAAAAUUUAUCAAGACAAUAGCUAUAAUGUUGGUUCCUGCCAAUCAACUAGGCCAUCCAUUCUACAUCUUGUUUAAUAAUAACAGCAAGAUGAGAUAUUUUGUUAGGGAUAAUGAUGACAAAUUAACCCCCUGUUUUAAAAGUCUUGUGUUUUGUACAAGAUACUUCAGGAAACAAGGUGGGUAAAAGUAACAUUUUUUUUUUAUAAAUAUAUAUACUACCUUACCUGUAACUCUUUAUAUAAAAGAAAUAAUUCAAGUCUAGUAAAUGAUGUACUUGAGCUGAGCUAUCAGUCUGAUAAUUCAGUUUUACAUUAUUAUAGUCGCGGUAAGUUGGACCUCUGCAAAUAAUGAUACAAGGUUUCAUACUGAUGAUUGACCAAAGGCACUCUCAUGUUGUUUCUUACAAUGGAUGUCUUUACAGAAUUAUUAUUGAGUAUAUGAGUCUUGUUUCACUCAUUUCCUGCCCUAACAGUCAACUCACACCGACUACAUGCAUCUAUAUGUAUUUAUCUGUCAAUCUAUUUAUUAAUCUAUUUAUCUAUCAGUCUGUCUUUCUAUCUAACUAUCUAUCUUCACAUCUCUGAAAAGAAAUCAGUCUAUCUAUUAAUAGGUCUACAUGACUUUCUAUCUUUGUAUUAGUCUUUGUUUGGAAUGCAGUUUUUUUUUUCUCUCUCUCUGUAGUGAUAGGGCUUAUGAAAUACUGUUGUACCUGACAUUUUCAAAGAUAUUUUCAAGGACAUUUUCAAAGAAACUUGCAAAAUCAAAUGCAAAAUCUGUAACUCUUUGAAAGAAAACAAAGUAACCACUGACCACUGUUAAGAGAAAUGGCAUUUCUUAGAGGAGGAAGGGUGACUGUAUAAAUUGAAAUACCGUUUUAUAUUGGGCAGUAGUGGGGCUUAUGACAUGCCAUUGUACCUGGCAUUUUCAUCAAACUUAAGAGAGGCUAGGUAUGAGGAACUGAUGCAAAGCUGUAUGUGUUUCUGAUGACAUUUUACUGUGACUCUCUCUCUCUAUGGACCAAUCAUUCAGUAUCCAAUCUUCUUUUUUCUUAUGCAUAAAUUGCUUCUCUUUUUAUUUAUUUUCGUCAACCUGUAUUCAUCUUUGAUUCAUAAGGUAGAUUGAAUAUAAAGUAGUAUAGCACUCUCAAUCUUCUGUGUAGUGUCAGAAAAAGAGUUUUUAAAUGACUUCUUGCCAGGUGAAAUUUGAACUGUGUUUGCACUAGUUGUGUAUGGAAAACAAUAUUUUAUGUCUUCUACUUAUCUUUGUAUAUAUUGCAAUGUUUGAUUUGUUUAGAGGCUGCAAUAUAUGUUUGCAUAUUUUACUUCUCCUCUCAUGCUUUGACAGUUUUUGUUGUCUUAAAGCAUGUCGUAAUUAACGAAAAGCUGUGCGUAAAAGAUUCAUGUAUCAUUACUAUUAAAUUGCCUUCGAUCAAGUUAGCUGUUAGCGUUUUAUUCACUUUGAAAUAGUGUAUUACAUAGCCUGAUUAAUGUCCUCAUUAAUGUUCUUCAAAAGUUUGUACAUGUUUCUACAAUGAUCACAUUUAAUAAAAGAUUAUACAUGUGGACUGAUAAUUCUAUUUGACAUGAAUUUUAACUUACCGUACAUAUAAAUCCUCCCCCUGCUUUUGCUGUUUUAAGUUGCUAGGAUUUGGAGUUUAUGCAUAUUGACAGCCAUGGCUACUUGUAUAUGGCUAGUAUUGUCUACAAUAAGUACAUGUCUAAUUAAACUUGGUGGGCUUAUCACAACGUACUUCUAUACAACAUAAAUAUAUACCUAGCUUGGAAUAAUGUCCAGUUCAAUACAUACAUGUAUACACUUGACCUGGGGAAAAUAUUCCUCAGAGAUGUUGGAAAUACAAUUAAACCUGGCCAUAAAGGCCACCAAGGGAGUCAAGAUGUAUCCACUAUAGGCAGGCAGCCUUUCUAGACAGGUUCUACAACACACAUUUCUUGCUGGGAGGGUACAUUACUCUCAUUGCAAGAUACUACAGUAGUAGAAACAUUCAAACAUAUUGAAUGCAUAUAUGUGGAGGAAUGUAUAGCGCCUUAUUUCAUUUGUAUACUGAUAUAUAGCUCCCUAACUCCAACAAGCAUGUACUUGUCAGUUAUUUUUUACUGUUAAUCCAUAGCAGUACAGAAUUUUUUAGCAGUCUAAAUGAUUCAGCGUCUCCUUCUCGAAUUGGCAUAAAUCAUUUGUAUUUUCCACCCUUUCAUAUUAAAAAAAAACCUAGGAAUGUAUAUUAAAUGAACCAUUGUGAAUGGAAAAUACAACAAAAAUCCCAACAAGAAAUUGCCAAUUUGUAUGCAAAAGUAAUUAUCAUAAAUCUCUAUCUGUGUUGCUAAUUUAGGGACUUAAAUGAUUACUUUGUUUGAAUUGUUCUAAUUCAUGAAUAGCGUUACCGGUAUGUUCUUCAAGAGAAAUGGACUCAGAUUUUCCAGCAUUUUUUGCACUAACUGCUCAUGUAUACUUUGUAAUUCAGAGCAUUUUGGAUAAAAAGAUAAAAAGAAAAUGUUGCUAAAAGCAGAAACUAAACUGCUAUGGGUUGAAUACAGUAUAUAAUUUGAAUGUACAGUGGAUUCUGUGUAGGAACAGGCUUAGAAUUUCUUCUUGUAGCAAUAUUAUUCAUUGAUCAUACAUACAUUCAUGUACACGGCGAUACACAUAGUUAAAUUUCAUAUGAUCUAGGAAUAUACAAAACAAGGACAUCUGUACAUUAUGAACAUUAUUACUUAUGUCCCUUUUAUGGUUUCCAAGUCUUGAUUGUUCCAAAGGGCAUAGGCGAACAUUUACAUGUAGUAGAUGUACUAUAAAAGUUGUGAACAAAAAUGUAAUUGUAAACUUACUUACAUAUACUUUGUGGAAAAUUCUUUUGUAGUGCAUUGUGAAACAUGGAUAUUUUUUAACUGUUUUUGAUGUUUAUCCACAGAUACUCAAAUUGAUAAAGUUUAGUGUGGAAAUGUAGUUUGAUUAAGAAUAUCCUGUGUUUGUUAAGGUUGCACUAUUUUUGACACUUUGUACAAUAUGUAUUUGAUUUUUGAAUGUGAAAUUGAAAAUGAAGCAAAGUAUAAAUGCAAACAAGUUCUGACUUGAAUUUGUACUUAAGUAUCACCUUAAAGGACUCAUCAUUGAAUUUUGAUUUUUGUUUCAGGAUAGUGAAAUGGUUUCUUUGUGUUGUUUAUUUGGUGCCAAUUUGCAGAUUGGACUUUCUCCUAUGAAGUGCUGUAUGAUGACUUCUCUUUUCCGUCAUAAGAGCACGGAUCGCCCAGUUGUUUUUUGGUGGGAAUAUUUGUGAAAAGUAUACAUGCGUUCCUUCAAAAAUCGAUGUGUAAAUUUUGAUGUAGCACGUUGGUGAUGAAAUUUACUUGAUAUUUAAACGAAGACACAAAUAAUUGAUUGAAAAAAAUUAUAAACUUGUAAGAUAUGUCUUUUAUUUUGUGAUAAUAUGAUAGCAUGGACUAUAUAUAGUUGUCAUGCACUAAAUUGUAGUGCCUUAGACUGUGUCACGUUUUUGGAAAUUUGUAGAUUGCACAUAGCUCACUUUCAGGUUGAAUUUGUCGACUGUUUUUUUGACUACUUGUGUAGUAUAUAUACAUGUAUAUACACAUGCAAGUAGGCCUUGUUAGUAUGUCAACUUUGAUAUAAGAAAUUUGGCAUCAGUUGAUAAAGCUUUGUUUCAUUUGAAAAUACUGAGUAUAAUAGAAUAAUGUAUUUUCCCUUUAUCUGCUCAUCCAAACUUGGAAAAGAUUUUUGCUGUAAAUAUGAUUAGAAUGAGCUCUACAAUUCCAGCAAGCAGGGCAUUUGUUGUUUAUUUUUUUGUGUACAGGUUGCAAACUUGCGAUUCAUUUAUUCACUUGAGCUGUACAUAAUUCAAAUUGUAUGUAAACUAGAUGUACAUAUUGUAAACAAAAACCCAUCUUUCUUUUUGAAAGCUGUUUUACGCUGUUGUUUAGAUACUGAAGAUUUUGUGCAGUGUUUAAUAGAGAGUGAGAGAAUGCCGUGGUAUUAUUAACAAUGUUUCCUUAUCUUCUGUAUCUUCCCCAUUUUAUUCAACAUAUAAAGAAGAAAUAAUGAUGAUCUUUUUAUGCAAAUUAGCAAUGCACCUGAGUUGAGCUCUCAUUUAUGUUGUGUACCAAAAAGCAAGAAAGUGAUGGGUAAUUAUUUUUGUGACAAGAUGAUUGUUUUUGUUUUAAUUCUCUCAUUAUCUUUUCAUGCUUCUGACCAUAUUGUAUAUCUGUACAGAAUUUCAGUCAAGAUCUUUUUCUGUAUGCGUGUUGAUCAAUUUAUCAGUAUUUUUUUUUAGUGUGUAGUUUUGUGUUGACCAUAUUUGGAUGUUGAUUUGUUUGUUUUUUGUAAUAGUUGCUGUCACUUUAUGUUUGAUGUUUAUGGAAGAGAAAUGAAUGCUCAUUUAUAUACCCUAGUCACACCCAGUACAAGACUGACACCACACCAAAAAUAGACUGAACAAAACAAAUCAUUACAAUUGACCAAGAAUUGGUCGGUUUUAAAGUGGUUUUGAAUCUGGCAGUGUGACUGAGGCAUUGGUAUUGCUAUGGAUUUGAAAUAGAUGUUUCAAUUCAAUUUAAUUCAGUUCAAAUGAAUAGAUAUCCCUGCAAAACUUAGUUUUAAACGUUUGCUCAAUGCUUCUUUAUCAGAAAUACUCCAGUUAUUAUUAUACCUUUGUUGUGACAUACAUAUUAUGUAAUAGCAUGUGGACAUGUUAUAAUCUGUUUAUGAAUAACAUGGUCUGUUUAGAAUCAGAAGGGUGUUAACUCACAUACAGAGUAAAUGCCCAGGCUCCUGGCUCUGAACAUACAACAUGCUGUGAUGGCUUGUAACAAUUCAAUAAACCAUUGAAUAGGGAGGGAACCAGGUGACUCCUCUAUUAAAGCCUAUGUUGUCAAUGAGUUCAAAUUUGACCAGCUAGUUUUCAGAGGUUUAUUCAUGUUGAUGUAUAAAUCAAUAAUUCUGUUUAUAAUGAAUCAUUUUUUAUGCCCAAUAUUGUUUGGUUUGGUCUGCAUCAAGAAGUUCACUCAUUGUCACAUAUUUGGGACUUAUUUUUUGUGUCCUUUUUCUUGCUCAGUAUUCUACAGGUUUCCUUUUUUUUUUAAUGAUGAUUUUUUUUUUUUUUUUUUUAAUAUUAAAAGAGGUAUUUUUGGUAUUUGAUCCUCUCAGUGUCGCUCCCAAAUUUGUGUUAAAAAGAAGAAGAAAGCAUAGAUUCGUUGUUAGGAUUCAAAGAGAUAAUUUGCUGUACAAUGUACUACGAUUUGAAGAAGAUUUAUCUUCAUGAUUUAUUUUGUUCUUGCUAAAUAUUGACACCAGUUUAUAUGAGUACCGGUUCUUCUAGUAUAGCAGAUGAUGUUUAUCAUAUGUUUAUCUUUACUGAUUUUUUUUUUCAACAAGGAAAUAUCAAUGUAUAAUCGAUGGAAGAAGAAAAAAAAUACAUAUUAGAGUAUUCACUCAAAAAGCAUAAAUAAACCUGAACAAAAACACAUAAAAAUAGAUCAUUGCAGUAGGUUGUCAUCAUUUCACACAAAAGAGUACCUUUUUGAUUUAAAUUUGAAAUUAGCAGCCAGUCUUUGCUUGCAUGUUAACUAUAAUGAUGACAAUCCAAUCAAACAAAAGAUAUCAAUAUAUUCAUAUCCUGAGACUCAAAAUAUAUGGCAACUUGUAAAAUGCUUUGAAAGCUAAUCUUAAUUUCUGGUAAUGGAGUUUUAUAAAAAUAAAAAAAAACUGGCGUAUAUUAUUUCUGAAUUAUCUUGCAGUACAUGUAGCUGGGUUAUUUAGUCAUGCAAAAGUACAAGCAAACUAUAAACAAAUUCCUAAAACCAUUCUGAGAAAUGUUUUUCAUGGUUGCAGACACAUGCAGGAAAUCAGUAGAGGACAAAAUUCAAUAACUUAUUAAUUUGUCUAUUGAAAUUAUAAGGUUAUUUUAAUGUAUUGUUUGACUAGAUAUUCUGGAAGUUUUUUCAUUAUGAUGUGUUUAAUAGAGAUGUCCCCUCUGUUUCCAUUUUGUUUUUUAUGUGAAAUGUUACAGCUUGGAAAUGAUUUAAUAUAGGUAAGCUAAUGAUUUGCAAGCAAUUAUAUAAAACUAUACAAUUUGUACAAUUUUAAGAUGCAACAUAUGUCAGUUGUUAAAGAAAUUGUCAGUCGUGUUAAAAAUAUUCUACAAUACAUUGUCUUAAUAGUUCAUUAAAAUAAAGUAACACAGUUUUAGUUUUCAACUUUUAGAAUGACAAGAGUACAUGUAAUAGGAGAUUUCCCGAUAUAACACUGGUUAAGUGACAAUUCCUCUUUAUUCUUUUUUUUCUAUGUUUGAAACAGAUUUUCCUGAGACUAAACAGUUGAGAAUUGUGUCUAAAUGAUGUUAAAAAAUUACUGGUCAAGUCAGGUUACUUUCAGUUAAAAUCAAUGAACUUUCUGGUUAUGAUAAUGACUUAUUUAUUUUUAUUGUGCAGAACAGUACCCUGCACAUGCUCAACAAUUCAAACAUCUUUCUCCUAUUAAAGUGAAUAAAUGCAGUGUUUGCAAAAGUGA